AUGUGGACUUUUCUUCUCACUACCGGGCUUGCUUUCUUCCAGAUUGCCAACGCCUGUGAAUCGUACGGCAUCGACUUCAAAAACAAUCGAAACUAUUUCAUAGACAUCAAUUCAAACGAAUCAUUCACCGCCGUAUCAGAGUUCUAUGGCUGUUCGGAACCUGCCCGCGCCAUCUUGUACACUCCCAGUAACCAUUCAAUCUUCUGCUCGGAUGUUGCAACGACACCAGACUACACCGAUGCCACCACUACUUGCCCAAUCUUGAAGAACCAGAUGUAUUCUGGUGACUGGACUCUGGUACUUCUGGAUAACAAUGGGAAUGGUAGCAGUUUCAACGCCCAACGUAAAUUGCACCUCAGCGUUGGCGAGCAAUCCACCUCGGUCGUCAUCCCUACCAUAACUCUGAUUGUUACGCAAACCCCUACAUCUAUUGUGAAUGCUACAAUCACGGACGUUGAUUCAACAACUCUCCAGCCAGUUUCGGUCACCAGUCUUGCUAGCAAUGCAAAGACACAGACAGUGACCUACUACCCGCCCCGAGAGACCAUCACCAAAUCGUCGACGGCAACGGUCAAGCACACCUCCACACGCUUUACCUACACCAUCAAGACCUAUACUGAGACCAAACUCUGCGCAGUUGCGUUCGCAGCUUUGGCAGCAGAUCCUACAGCUGACCCCAAGCUUCUCUCGAUCGCCCAAGCCGCCAUUGCUUCUGCAACCCCUUCCGCAGCUCCUGCCCGUCGUGCCAGAAUCAGACGCGAUGUCACUCAAGUUGUCCAAGUUGCCAAACGCAAUGUAGUCAACCUCGCCAAGCGCGCCCCUGAUAGCGCCACUGUGACUUCAACAGAUACCAACACUGCCCACUGGAUCUCGGUGACGUCCAGCUUUACAGCUGCUCCUGUUACUCAAACAUCAUACACUACUGCGGAGAGUACGACAACAAUCACUCCAGCACCCGUUACCAUUGUGGAGAGUCAGACCACGGUCACAAAGACUGCAGCAACAUCUACUCGCACGAUCACCAGACGAACAACGACAACAUCCAAGAUCACGAAAACAGUCACUGCCACUCUCAAGGUUACUACCUACGUGCCUGGCAAAGGCUGUUCCUAG